UUCCUGUAAACACGAGCUGGGGAGAGCUUAUAGGAAAAACGAGUGAGAGAAACAUAUCUUCAGGAGUACGCUUCAAUGGACGCACCAGUUACUUUGGACAUUGGUGCAUGCCACCAGAAUGGGAACGUGGGUCAGACCGUUGCAGUUAAAAUACCAGACAGACUGCUGAAGAGGGAACAGGAGAGACUAGAGGCAGUGGAACGGCGCAAAGAGGCAAAAGAGAGUCAGGCUGUCACGGAGGAAAAAAGCGAUUUCUUUACCUGCAGCUUCAACGCUGAGAAAGCAGCUAUUGAGGAGAUGCUGUCUGGUUGUUCUGAGCUAGAUCGCGACAAGGCUGUUCACGUUUUAGAAACGGUAACGUCCAAGAUACAAACGCUGCAAAAAUUUCUUAAUGACAGUGUGGUUUUUCUGACCCAGUAUGAGUUAAGGCAAGCGCAGGCUGCGGUACAGAGACUGCAGUGCACCUUGGCCGAGAUGAGAGACCAGGCUCUCCCCAAGAAGAAAUUUACCUUCCGAUCGCGCCCUACAGUCACGACCAAAAGUGAUGUCACUCAGGUUUCCAGUACAAGCGGUUCUCAGUGCUCCAAAAUGGAGAAUGACAGCCACGAUGCCAGAGGUAGUGGCCAUACGGCCAUAAAUGGGUACACGGGCGGUGAGCAAUGUGGGUUUUCCAACGUCGACUCUAAGAUUUUGACCAAGGGGGAGGAGGAGAUUCGACAGAGGGACGUCCUACUAACUCACCUGUCAAAUUGCAAAGUGAGACUUCUCGGCUGCCCGAGCACUCUGCACAUCAAACACGUCCGGAACUCGCAGAUACUGUGCGGGCCUGUGUCCAGUUCCGUUUUCGUUGACCAGGUCUCGGGCUGCAACCUCGCCUUUCCCUGUCAGCAGCUGCGAACCCACAACACCACCGACACAGACGUGUACCUUCACGUCACGAGCCGAGCGAUCAUCGAGGACUGUAGCAGGGUGCGCUUCGCCCCGUUCAGCUGGAGUUACCCGGGAAUGGACACAGAUUUCGAGGUGUCCGGACUGGACAGAGACAGAAACAACUGGUCUCUCAUAGAUGAUUUUAAUUGGCUUGCAGCAGACACUCCUUCACCGAACUGGACUCUCAUUCCGGAGGCAGAGAGAAGAUCUAACUGGGACUGAGAGAUACACAGAGAAAAGGGUUCUGGUCUUUCAGUAAUCAAGCUUUAAGAUUCCAGCAUAUGAAACAUUAAUAUGAUGUACCACCAAUAACCCCACUGCCUGCAUGCACAACAUGGCAGGGAAAGAAUAUCACUGCACUGUGUGAACCACAAAUGAGUCAACAAGACAUUCAGAGCUUGAUUAUGCUUGUUUUGAACAAGAAACAGCUUCUGUUCAGUCUUAAUGCAUAUCAAUACAUGCACAACAUAUGCCCAUAGUGGUUAAUCAGCUCAUUCACCAGGCUCCAGCCCAAAGAAGAGUGCAUGAAAUUACAGAAUUACUGGAAUCCAAAUAAACAAAAACAUCAUGAUGCCUGGGAUUAAUUAAUAUGUGAUAGCUUAUUAUAUGCCCAUACAUCACAUGUGGUAUCACCAUGAGGCACACAUUCCCUUUAAAUUAAUUUAAAUUA